AUGAGUACUGCUAAACCUAUUAAUGUGUAUUCCAUCCCCGAACUGAACCAAGCUUUGGAUGAAGCUUUACCUUCUGUUUUCGCGAGGUUGAACUAUGAGAGAUCAUACGCCUUGGUCGAUGCUAAAUUGUACAUAGGGUACACCAUUGCUGUCAUGGCUGGGUUGAGUUUCUUUUUGGACAAAAAGUUCGAGAGAUCAGAGAUCAUCGUUUAUCAAAAGCUUUUAGUGGGAGCAUAUUUCAUUUUAUCAUUAAUGUUCUGGUACUUUUCUCGUUUCAUCGAAAAGGGGACUGUUUAUGUGGGUAAGAAAAGAGAUACAAAGGAGGAGAUAUAUGUAAAAACGAAAUUCAAAAACAAUGAGCCCUUGUAUCUUGUCGAUCUCAUCCAGAAGAAGAAUGGGAAAGACUCUAGGAAAAAUUUGAAGGCUAAAUUAGAAGCGAACAGGGUCUUUAAUGAGAGCGGAUAUCUACAAAAUGAUGUAUAUUUCAAGUGGUUCUCUGAACAGCUCAAUGUUCUGAACACCAAAAAAAAUGAAUGA